CACCAAUCCAGUAUACUAUUCGCCAAAUGGUGCCAUAAAAUACCGUAAAUUUACAGUCCACUCCCUUUCAUGGUGAAUCAGUAGAUAAUGAUUAGCCUCAAUAAAGUAGAGUUAAACUUUGACUUAAGCAGGAAGCUCUGCAAGAUUGAAACCACAGUCUUUUGAGGAGAGGAGCUCUGCUGACAGGUUUUGUUGACCGGGACGAUGAGAGGUGCACAUUUGCUACACUUGACCCUUCUCGUCAGCAUUGCUCAUGGGAUAGGUCUGGAGGACAAAAAGGGGCCAUUAGAAAAUAAAGUUUUAGAUGUGCCAGAGGCUACACCUGUGCCUUAUCCCAUUUACCAGAAAUCUGUUCUUUGUUCAGUUUACAUCUGCAUCGGAAGAUGUCUCUUCAUAUCAUGUAAGUGGAGAGACCGAAGAAAAGAUCAGUAUCUCUCCAGACGGUUGGCUAUUCCUGGAGCAUCCUCUGGAAUGGAGCCCUGGGAAAAAACACCAUCUAGAAAUUGAAGCACAUUCAGCAGAUGGUGAAACUGUUGAUGGGCCUUACUCGCUGAUUUUGCAAGUUGUGGAUGUCAACAACAAUGCCCCUGUCUUUAUAGAGAGUCAGUACAGUGGCAGUGUUAGAGAGCAUUCACCUGCAGGAUUUGUAUUCAUGCAGGUGUCCGCAUCAGAUGCAGAUGACCCCAACACAGUAAAUGCUCAACUGAAAUACAGCAUUGUGAACCAAAUCCCCAAACCCAGAGACACGAUGUACUUUGACAUAAACCCAGACAAUGGAGAGAUCUUUAUAACAGACGAAGGAGCAGAGUUUCUGAGUGCCAGGCCCACUGUAACAUACAGCCGUGGUGAGGUCCGUGGCAGUCCUGAUGUCCUGAGGAAGAAGUUUGAGGACUACUGUAUUCCAAAGAACAACAUACCACUAGAGAGCAACCCCUUUUACACAUGCGUCGAGCGUGUUGAAAGAAGACAAAUUAAUCUUCACCUGGAUCCAGACUAUGUACUGAGCGUUCGUGUGGAAGAUAUGGGAGAUCCAAACGCUUUGAGCAACACGGCACGAGUCAGCAUAGAUAUCAUUCAAAACCUCUGGUUCAUCCCUGGACCAAUCACCAUUAAAGAAAAUUUAGAUGAGGAAUACCCUAUGUAUCUUACCACAGUGCGCAGCAAUGAUCCCACCGCACUAUACAGGCUGGUACAGAAAGAAAAACUUUCCUUCCCCUUCACCAUCAAUCAAGAUGGAGAGAUCCAUGUUACAGCACCUCUGGACAGAGAAGAGAAAAAUAUGUACAUAUUGGUGGCCAUGGCAGAAGAUGAACAGGGCAUUGAGCUGGAAAAACCCUUGGAGAUUUUUGUCCGGGUGGACGAUGUGAAUGAUAACCCUCCUGUGUGUGAUGAAGCUGUGUUUGAAGUGCAGGAAAAUGAGCCCAUAGGUAGUCUGAUUGGUGUUCUGCCUGCUCAUGAUAGUGAUGAGGAGAACACACUGAACUCAUUACUAACCUACACACUCCUGAGCCAGACGCCUACCGAUCCAUCUGAGAAAAUGUUCACCAUCGACCAAGUAAAUGGUGAAAUCAAAGUAGCCAAUCAAAACUUUCAAAGGAAAAUUGUGUCUCAGUAUGAACUCACCUUCAGAGUGACUGAUCAAGUUUACACAACGGAAUGUAAAGCAAUCAUCAAGGUCAUCGACAUCAAUAAUGAAAUCCCUGUCUUCGAGAAAAAAGAUUAUGGGACCUACAGUGUUCCUGAACUGGCUGAAGUGGGCACCACUUUACUCACCAUCAAAGCCACGGAUGCAGAUGACCCAGGAACAGGAAGCUCUAGGGUGGAGUAUCACAUCUCUUCUGGAGAUCCACAUAACCUCUUCACUAUUGAGGUUGAUGAAUCCACUGGAGAGGGCAGAGUCUACAUCGCUCGGCCACUGGAUUACGAGCUCCAGAGCGUCUAUAACCUUCAGAUUGAUGCCCGUAAUCCUGAGCCCCUGGUCAAAGGAGUGGAAUAUAAUGAAAAUUCCACAGCAGUUGUUGUCAUUCAGCUAGUGGAUGUGGACGAGCCCCCAGAAUUUGAAGUGGACACUCUUAAUGUCAAUGUCCCAGAAAACAUCACGAUUGGAACCGUAUUAAUGAAAGCUGAAGCCAAGGAUCCAGAGGGAAAGACUAUCAAGUUAAAGAUGGAAGGAGAUGAACAUAAUUGGUUGGAGCUGGACGCUGAUACCGGUGAGCUGAAGACGAAAGCUGCUCUGGAUAGAGAGACGGUGGAGCAGAUCACUCUCACAGUCAUCGCUUAUGAGACAGAGGGAGACAAGCAGGAAGCUGAGAUGAAGGUGAAUAUUCACCUGCUGGAUGUGAACGACAACUACCCUAAACUUCAGUGGACACGGAACUACAUCUGCACGCAAGAAAUGAACCCCUUGACACUCACUGCUGUAGAUAAGGAUGCCGACCCCUAUGGAGAGCCUUUCACCUUCGCCAUUAACCGCAAGUCAGCAAACUUUGAGCUCAAACCUGUGGAUGGAACCUCAGUGAAGCUGAUUCUGAAGAAAAAGCCCACAAGUGAUCAGAACAUCAUUGUUCCCAUCAACAUCAAAGACAAUGCUGGGAUGGGUAUAACUCAAAAGUUUGAUGUGCGUGUAUGUAACUGCACUAAAUUGGGCUACUGUUACAUGGAGCCAGAAACUCACAGCUGGAAGCUUGGCAUGAGCAGCACCAUUGGCAUACUGGCAGGAAUAUUCGGCUUCAUCAUUCUGUUCCUGGCCAUUGUUAUUUACCGAAUCAAGAAGAAGGAUCAGAGGAGAGCAGCAGCUGGUGGAGAGACUGAGAGUAAAGCAAUGCUCUAGAGUCGAGAUAAAAUGUCAACACACACACACAUUUAUUUUGUAAAGUGGUUUAUUAUCAUUACAUAGACAUGUUCAAGAAUUGCAUCAUCUGACAGUAACUUAUUUGUCAUGUGACCUGGCAGUUUUAUUAAAUAUUUUAUAUUUAAAAGCUCUAAAUAUCUGACCUAAAUAUCCCCCUAGUGUUUAUAUUAUAAUAUAUAUAUAUAUAUAUAUCCCCCUAGUGUUUAAAAGGAACACAAAACCAGGUGUAUUCUGGUAAUUUUAAACAUUUGUGGUAUAUUUUUGGUACAGUAGAGUACUUUGAGACAUUGAGUAUAUGUUGUCAUAUUUCAUAUGGAUUAAACCUAUAAAAAAAAACUAAAUCUUAUAUUUAUUCCCCAUUAUCCAAGAAUCAGUGAAAAUGUGUUAAAAUCUUUCCAUGGGAUAGAUCUUUUUGUUUUUGACUUUUCUUCUAAAGCAUGUCUUGUGCAGGUCAAUGGCCAGGUUCUAUUAAAUGCCCUUCAGAUCUCUAGUGUAAUUCUUUACUGAAGAAGGUAAUUAUUGAAGAAGGUAUAAAAUUCACAGAAUGACAACAUUGCUUAUUUGACUGAAAAACUGAAAUUGUUCAUUCUGUAAAUAAAGUAAUACUUUGACCCAGA